AUGCUUGGGACUUUUUUUCCUAAGCGAUCUGUCUCAUCCAGUCAACUAUUUACAUUCAUAACGAACAGUAUUCGUCAUUCUAGUACAAGUUCAACUAGUAAUAAAAAACCGGAUGAAGAUAUCGAACAUCGUCAUCGAUUAGCAACAACAAAGAAAAUGCGUCUAUUAGGUUUACAAAGUAAUCAAUCUCAUAAAGCACUUUCAAUCUAUGAUAAUUAUGUUUAUCAACAAAAGAAAACACCUGAUUUACGAAUGUUUGCAGUUGCUAUUAAUUGUGCAACGAUUGCUCAAAAUUUAUCCAAAGGUCGUGAAAUUCAUCAAUAUAUCCAAGAAAAUUGUCCACAUCUAAAAGAUGAUCUCAUGUUAAAACAACAACUUCGUUAUUUUUAUAUUAAAUGUAAUGAUCAAAUAUCUGCUGAUAAACUCUUUCAACAACAAAAUACAGAUCUAAAUAAACAUGAAAAAACAAAUAACUAA